UUACUUUUAUAUUUUUGCUUAUUAUACCCACUAUCCUCUUGAUAGCAUCCAAGAACACAAGCUCUCGAGGAAUACGAGGUAAAUUUUGCUUGGAGAUAUCUGCCUUCUGAACUUGCCUGCUCUUGUGAAAAAGUCAGUUCAUAAAAAAAAAAAAAAAAACCUGUUAUCUACAAAUAUAAAAAUAUUAAAGCAAGAGAGAGAGCACGAAUAGAGGAAGAGGCUUUGUAUCCGGUUUGGACUGGUGGACCCCAAUGUCCGUCACGUUGAAAUUGAAUUGAUUUGAAGCUGAAAAUAAAAGAAAAAGGAAAGUUGAGGGUCGGGUCCCUGAGCAUAGAGGGGGAGAUUGGAACACCGACGAAACCCUAGCAACAGAAUCUCUCCCCGGACGGGUAGCAAGUUAUCUCUCCAUCGAUCGUUGCCCCUUCCCGAAAAGAUGAACAAGCUAGGAGUAGGGCGCCGGGACAAAGUUCAGCAGUUUAUGACCAUAACUGGGGCGAGUGAAAAAGUUGCUCUUCAGGCUUUGAAGGUUUGUGAUUGGAGUCUUGAAGGAGCAUUUGAUGUCUUUUAUAGCCAGUCACAAGUCAAGUCUUCUGCUGACACGAGGCGGUUGGAGGAGCUUUACAAUAGAUACAAAGUUUUUAGUCGAACAUGCAGACCAACACGUGUGCUGUUAUCAAUAGGGAAUGCUGUUAUCAAAAAAGACCCAUAUUCUGACAUGAUUUUGGCUGAUGGGAUUAGCCUCCUUUGCAAUGACAUUCAGGUUGAUCCUCAGGAUAUAGUUAUGUUGGUUCUUUCAUGGCACAUGAAAGCUGCAACCAUGUGUGAAUUCUCCAAACAGGAGUUCAUUAGUGGAUUACAAUCUCUCGGAAUAGAUUCAUUGGAAAAGCUCAGAGAAAAAUUGCCCUUUAUGCGUUCAGAGAUGAGAGAUGAACAUAAGUUUCGAGAGAUUUACAACUUUGCUUUCAGCUGGGCAAAGGAGAAGGGUCAGAAAUCUUUGGCCUUGGACACGGCUAUUGGGAUGUGGCAAUUGCUGUUUGCUGAAAAACAGUGGCCAUUGGUUGAUCAUUGGUGUCAGUUUCUACAGGCAAGGCAUAACAAAGCUAUUUCACGGGAUACUUGGUCUCAGCUGCUGGAAUUUGCAAGGAAUGUGGACCCUGCAUUAUCAAAUUAUGAUGCUGAAGGUGCAUGGCCGUAUCUUAUAGAUGAGUUUGUUGAGUACUUGACUGAAAAUAAUAUUGUCCAAAUUGGUCAAAUGAGUGAUUGGAGUCAGAAAUGCUGAGGUUUUGCCGCAGUCUACCGUUCUGUGUAAUGUUAUAUUAUUUGUUGUUUGAACUGUUUUCGAGUUUUCAAGAACAAAUUCAUGUACAAAAUACCUGAGGAAAGAACUACUACUCUAAAUGCAAAGUUGUCUUGAUUUGGAUUUCUUGGACAAA